CAUCCACACAGCCUCUCCACCUUCUUCCCAAGAAGUUUUCCACCAUUCUCCAACGAUGGCGAACCCUAUACAAAUGCUAAUCUCCUCUUUUCUUCUUCUCUCAUUCCUUUCCUUCUCCACCCUGGCCGAUACAUCAACCGUGAACACGUCAUCCAAAGACCAAGUAGCAUGCCAAAUGUGCAUUUCGUGUGAGAACCCCUGUCCCGUGUACUCUCCACCGCCUCCACCGCCUGUUGUACUCUGUCCUCCACCUCCACCUCCUCCGCCACCUGAAGAACCCUUAUGCCCGCCGCCACCACCACCAGCUUGCCACGAAUGCCUACCAUGCAUUGGCUGUAAACCAGAUGCGGUGCCGGCCCAGCCCAGCGUCAUCGGCGGUACAGCUUAUGCCCCGCCUAGCAGCGCUAGCAGAACGGUGCCUUACUUCCCUUAUUAUGAAGUGAAUCCUGAAAAUGCUUCUGCCUCCACCUCUAAUAUUCACCGCAAACUGUUUGACGUUUGUUCCGCCAUUUCCAUGCUAGUUGCCACAGUAUUAUGCUACUUCUAAAUAGCUUCUUCUAAAUAUUGAGUGGGGAAAAUACAGUCUAGAUGGCGCCCACUUACAGAUGUGUAACUAAGAUUUUAUUGUCAGUGAGUAUUAAUUUGGUAAAACUUUUAUUAGUAUUAUGGUUUUUUUUUUUUUUGAGCAAUUUAAAUAUUUAGUGAAUAUCAACUUAAUUAAAAUGUUGUAAUAUUUAAAGUACCCAUUGUCCUGCGGUUAAUAAAAUCAUUUUUCUUUG